AUUCUAAUAAAGCUAAGGUGCCUAUUAUUUACGCAGUGAAGCUACAUUUCUCCACAAGGACAAGUAUGCUCGUCCGGUUCAGAGGCAAAGCCGCCGCCGUCGCCGUCGCCGUCGCUGCCGUCAGAUUUCACGGUUUUGCAGACCUCCUUUCCUUGUAUAGUUUCAAAUCUCAAUGUCUCUACUCAACAAGCGCAAGCUCUGCCCCAACCCAUUUAUUGGCGAAAUACCUGGUUGAUUCUCUCGGAUUCUCCAAACAAGAAGCAUCGUUGGCAUCUGCCAAGGUAACUUCACGGAAACACUUUAAUAAUCCCGAUUUAGUCAUCAAUUUCUUGAAACAAACUGGUUUCGACGACACCCAGGUGAAAAAACUGGUUUUUACAACACCCAAAUUGCUAUUCAGUGAUGUUUCCAAAACCCUACAACCCAAAUUCCAGUGCCUUAUGGAUCUCGGUCUAUCCAGGUCGGACCUGGUGAAAGUAAUGGCUAGAGAUACAACAAUUGUUAAUAGAGGUUUAGUUACUCAUUUGAGACCUACCAUUGAUUUCCUUAGGAAACUUUUGGGUAGUGAUGAAAAUGUAGUUAAAGCUUUAAAGAGAACUUCUUGGUUGUUUUCUUUUGGUGCUCAUCACAUUAUGAAGAAUAAUGUAUUGUUGUUGAGAAACUCUGGUGUUUCUGAUGCCAAUAUUAGAAAAGUUGUGCAUAUAUGUCCUAAUUAUCUUACACAAAAGCCUGAGUGGGUUAAGGAUAUGUUGCACAGGUUGGAGAAAGAUUUUGCAAUUCUGCUCCACUCUCCUAUUUUUCCUUAUGGAUUUCAUACAUUAGCCGCGCAAAAGAAGUCUAAGUAUGAAAAGAAGAUUGGAAUUUUUAAGAGUUUUGGAUGGUCUGAUGAUGAUGUACUCAUGAUGUUCAGGAAGUUACCGUAUUGUCUUGCUCUCUCGGAGGAAAAAAUUCAGAAAGCAUUGAGUUACAUGAAAAAUCUUGGUUGUGAACCUACUUACUUGGCUUCUCAUCCUUCAGUUUUGGUCUUUAGUUUGGAAAAAAGGGUGGUACCUCGGGUGCAAGUCUUGAAAAUUUUGGACGAAAAGAAACUUGAAAGGAGAAAGUUGGGUCUCUAUUAUGCUUUGAGCAUAACAGAAACAAAGUUCAUGGAGUAUUUUGUGCUUCCCUACAAGGAUCAAAUACCUGAUUUGUAUGAACAGCUCAAGAAAAUUGUGGAUCCUUAUUUUAGAUCUCAAUAUCUGUACUCAUCAACCUCUAUCCAUACCCAUUUCUUGGUGAAAUACCUUGUUGAUUCUCUCGGAUUCUCCGAUGAAGAAGCUGCCUCUACUUCCUCCAAGGUCAAAAUUCAGAAAGCAUUGAAUCUUUACAUUAAUGAGCUUGGUCAUGAACCUGCUUACUUGGCUUCUCAGCCUUCAGUUUUGAUCUAUAGUCUGGAAAAAAGGGUGGUACCUCGGAUGCAAGUCUUGAAAAUUUUGGACAAAAAGAAGCUUGAGAGGAGAAAGUUGGCUCUUUAUACAGUUGUGAGCUUAUCAGAGACAAAGUUCAUAGAUUAUUUUGUGCUGCCCUACAAGGAUCAGAUACCUGAUUUGUAUGAAUCACAUAAGAAAACUAUGGCUCCCUAGACGUUUUAGUUUAACUUUUUUAACAUCAUAUUUUGUAGUCCGGUACAUUUUUGCGUUUCUUUUUUCCAGUUUGUAUUCUGAAAAAUACAGUUGGUGUCAUUUCUAUCCUUAUAAAGGAAAAAUGUCAUUGGAGUGUUUUUGCUGUUUCGAACUUAAUUUGCUUUGUAGUGAUGUACAUUGUUUCCAGAGAAAGGCAUCAAUCAUUUAAUCUAGUA